CGGUUGCGGACAACAGCGUUGUGACAGCAGUGGAGUUCGCUUCGCUUGCCAUGCGUCGUUUAUACGUGUAACUUCUUAUUUUCCGUCUAGCUACUGGACAACGUUACAAUGGUUACGGAUAUCACCAGUGACGAAGACCAAGAGCCUCAAAGCAAAAAUCUGACCGUAAAUAAAAGUCCUUUAAACUUUAUCUCCAAGUCACCGUGUAGAAGAACAAAUACUUCACACGUGUCCUUCACGUCGAAUAUCAGUUUGGUGUACGCGUGUCUCGUGUGGCUGUUGCUGACGGAGUUGGUCCUUUCAUACUGUCUGUACACGUACAUAGCACAUGUGGACCGAGAGUGCACUUCGGCCAUCGCCACUCUGGCGCAACAGUCAACAAUACCAGCCUCUGGUGCGGGGCAAACAAAUCCUUUCCAAGAUUUUGAAUUCUAUCGCCGAAGGAAACGCGGUGCAAGAUCGCCUCCGCCUACAGUAAUGGAAGACAAUACCGUGGACCCUUCUGGCAUGGCUGGUGUCGAGGGUGCCAAUGUGGAGUUCUUCAACCCGAAAUUGCGUCAGGAACUGGAGGAGAAGGAGAAUAGAAAUGGAGGUGGAAAGAAAGGUAGUAACAAUGCCGGGUCCGGCGCUACAUCAACGGAAGGAGAGUCUGCAAACAACCCUUGGGUCUGGCUUACAUCAUACUCCAGGAUUCCGCUAGUAGCCAUUCAAGACUUCUGCUCGGCAACCAGAGACUACUGCCCUCCUGGUCCCGUUGGAUCACCAGGGCCUCCAGGUGUCCCUGGUAUGCGAGGAGGCGAGGGAAUCAAGGGUGACCACGGGGACAGAGGAUUUCCCGGUGAACCCGGAUUGCCUGGUUCUCCAGGAAUGAAUGGGGAAGCAGGCCCCAGAGGACCCAAAGGAGACCCAGUUUGUUGCUGCCGUCACAAUGACAGUCCUUUCUCGCUGCAGCUAGUAGCCAUUCAAGACUUCUGCUCGGCAACCAGAGACUACUGCCCUCCUGGUCCCGUUGGAUCACCAGGGCCUCCAGGUGUCCCUGGUAUGCGAGGAGGCGAGGGAAUCAAGGGUGACCACGGGGACAGAGGAUUUCCCGGUGAACCCGGAUUGCCUGGUUCUCCAGGAAUGAAUGGGGAAGCAGGCCCCAGAGGACCCAAAGGAGACCCAGGACUACCUGGUCUUGAUGGAAGAGACGGAGUCCCUGGUGAACCUGGAUUGGACGGGAUACCUGGAAGAAAUGGUUUAGACGGUAUCCCCGGCACUCCAGGUCUAAAUGGUAUCCCAGGGAUUUCUGGUACAAAUGGUACUGACGGUCGUCCUGGAGAAACAGGUCCCCAUGGUCCCCCGGGCCCCAAGGGGCCACGAGGACUCACUGGACCUAUCAAUGCCUGGGCUGUAAAAGUGAAUGGGUCCAUCAGUAACGAACUGCUGAUACCGCCUUCCAUAGCUGGUUCUGGAGGUGUGCUGCCUUUAAAACCAAUUGUGGUUCAUGAAGGAGAAAAUGUUCGGUUGCGGUGCGCAGCUACAGGGAAUCCCCGCCCCAUUGUGGAAUGGCGCAAAUUGGACGGUUCAGUGAUUCCUCUCGGUUCUUGGCAAGCUGUUUCCAUACCCGGACAUACACUGAACAUCACGCGUAUCAAUCGUGGUCACAUGGGGACUUACAACUGUAUUGCUGACAACGGAGUGCCCCCUGCAGCAAACCAGACCUUCCUCCUCGAAGUUCACUUUCCGCCACUGAUACGCAUCCAGAAUCAGGUGGUGGGAGUUGUAAAUGGAUCAGCAGGUGUUCUGAAAUGUGAUGUUGAGGCAUUCCCUGAGGCAGUACGUUACUGGGAAAGAACAGACGGUCAAAUCCUGGAAUCCGGACCAAAGUAUCAAAUGGUCUCAAUCGAAAAUGACCGAUACAAGGUACACAUGGAACUUAGCAUUACAAAUGUUGUGCCAUCAGACUUUGGAUUAUACCACUGCAUAGCCAAGAACGAAAUGGGAAUCACAAAGGGUAUCUUCACGGUGUUUGAGGUUGACCCAAGAUUAGCAACACCACCGCCUGUGCAGAUCAGCGGUCAGGGCGAAGUAACAUAUGGGGAGGGACCCCCUAAACCAGUAGAUCUUGAUGACCUCUGCCCUCCACCUUCAUGCCCAGAAUGCCCUGCACCAACAGAGUUCAAGUGUCAUGACGGAGGCAUUUCACUCUUCCAUCUGAUUGGAAGAAUGGAGAUCAAACC